UGCACACCGGAGCGGAAACAGAGGAGGUCACUGAUAAUGACGCACGCCCCCUGCCGGACACGCGCACACGCGCGCACGCACGCGCUCACGCAGGAACCGUGCUGAGUGGCUGUAACGUGACGGACUUUCUCCUCUGAACGCGUUUGCAAGUUUUUGAUAAAAGCGUUUUAACGUUUGUUUUUCAGAUUUUUAGUUGUGUGUUUUUUUAAUUAUUUUAAGUUUGAUCAAGUUCGGUUUUGUUAAACCAGAAGAGAGGAAGAGGGGAGAGAGGCAGAAGCUGUUACUGUUGGGGGCGUGGCCUGGCCGAAUGGAAGCGACAUCAGAGACUGGACUUAACGAGAGUAUGAGCCAAUCAGAAUGUGUCAGCAGCCAGCCAGUGGCCAAUGGGACUCUUUCGCAGGCUAUAGAUCACAUGAGAGAUUUUGGUUUGGUGUUUCAGAACACGCCACAGAGGAGGCUCCGCCCCCUUGUCCGGAUGGGACAGAGCAUGGUGACAGCGGCAGUGACUCUUUGACAGAUAGCAUGUCCACCGAUGACGUGUGCCGACUCCUCCCCGCCUACAAGUCGUCAGCACGCCCUCUCCAGAUAGCAGAUGGUAAGGAAGGGCUGUUCAGUUUGAGGAGAAGUGAAGUUUCUCCUCCUCCCAUCUGUGCGCCUCCCGCUCCCUCCAACCCCCCCUCAGCCUCAUGCACCUCUUCCGUUCCCCACACUCCUCCUCUUCCUCCACAUUCAAAUUCCUGUAAGAGGACGAGUGGAAGCCAUCAUCAUCAUCAUCAAAACCACCAUCAGAGCUCCAGUAAGAAGCGUCUCUCCUCCACUAAAAGCCACGCCUCCCUCAAGACAGACCCCGCCCACAUAAAGGAAGUGGCCGGAGGCGACUGCUGUGUUCACUGUCUGCUGGCUUGUCUAUUCUGUGAGAUUCUCUCCAUGUGUUCGGUCUUCUGGGAGUGUCUGGCUUGUGGCGGCAGUGGGCUGGAAUGCUGCGAGGCCACUGGCUGUUGCUGCUGUGUUGAGGCGGCAGGGGGCGUAGCCUGCACCGAGGAGGCGUGUCAGGCUGUGUUGGAUUGUGGGAUAUUGGAGGACUGCUGUGGCUCUUCAGACUGCUUGGAGAUCUGCCUGGAGUGCUGCUCCAUCUGCUUCCCCUCAUAGAGCCUACGGCCAGUCACACCUGGACUACAAAAUGAUGUCAUCACAUGGCCAAAACACAGCUGAACUUCAAAGUGGUGUUGUCACACAGCUAAAACACAGCUAAUCUACAAAUGUGUGUCAUCAUAUGGCCAAAACAAACUAGACUACAAAAUGACAUUUCACAGUCAAAACACAACUGGACUACAACAUGGUGUCAUCACAUGGCCGACUAGAACUGGAACUUUCUUUUUCAAGUUUUUGACGACUUGACAUUUAUCCCUUUUCCACCAAGGCAGUUCGAGUCCUGGUUCGGAGUGGGUGCCUAAUCUCGAACCAGUUCUUCACAUUUUGACAGCCAAAAAUCGGCUCUCGGCCAGGAAAACUGGUUUCAGAGCGGCACAAACUCUUUGCUGGGCAAGAAGAAAGAACCACUUAUGACUGGGGUGGGAUUGUCAUGACUAACCAGACCUACAGGGGAUGCACUACUUGGCGGCAACAAUCAGUUCUGCUGAAUAACGCAUGCCAUUCACCCCUUAACACUCAGUAAUGACACUUCAAAUCAAAGUUGAAAGGAAUCACAUGAUUUUAUCAGCACAUACUUCAUUUGUCAAAUUUGCCAGAGUGACUUUUAAAGAUUAUUGUGUUUGACAUUUCCUGCCUUUAUAUGAUAGCGAUAGUAAAGAGAGAGGGGAUGACAUGCAGCAAAGGGCCCGGGCCGGAUUCGAGCCCAGGCCGCUGCGGUAAGGACUCAGCCUGAUGUGGUACCCCUCUACCAGGUGAGCCACCAGAGUGCCCCGACAGAGUGAAUUUUAAACCACACAUUCCUUUUUCUGCAUAUAAAAUCCUCAUUUUAGUAUAACUAUCUGAAAUCUUAUGCUUAAAAACACACCGACAAAAGACACCGAAGAGUUCGCUCCAAGAAAUUCUGACAGAUUAAUCCGGGAAACCUGGUACAUUUCACACCAAUCACCCCACAGGACAAAAGGCAAAUAAUCACAGAUUCCAUUAAUUUUAUAAUGAACAUUUGUGUUAUGAUACUUAAACCAUCCGUCAACAGGGAAAUAAAAGCCUCUCCCGAGAGAGAGCUCCUGUCUACAAGACCGGUCUUUCGAGAGAGAGCUCCUGUCUACAAGACCGGUCUCCCGAGAGAGCUCCUGUCUACAAGACUGGUCUCUGAGAGAGAGCUCCUGUCUACAAGACCGGUCUCUCGAGAGAGAGCUCCUGUCUACAAGACCGGUCUCUCGAGAGAAAGAGCUCCUGUCUACAAGACCGGUCUCCCGAGAGAGCUCCUGUCUACAAGACUGGUCUCUGAGAGAGAGCUCCUGUCUACAAGACUGGUCUCCCGAGAGAGCUCCUGUCUACAAGACUGGUCUCUGAGAGAGAGCUCCUGUCUACAAGACUGGUCUCCCGAGAGAGCUCCUGUCUACAAGACUGGUCUCUUUGCUCAGGCAGCUCUCCGCAGGGUGUGCGCGUGUGACUGGCCGGCUGGUCACCAGUUUGUGGAGCCUCUCAACUCCAAAAACGUUGGAACAAGUUUUCGAUUCGCCAUCAGUUUUCGUAAAACUGACAAUACUUGAAAUCUGCACAGUUGAUUUCAUGCCUCAAUAAUUCUCAGAUGUGAAUUUCAUGAUGAAAUAGCUUACGAAAAUUGUAUAUCAAAAUUGUAAAAAAACCCAAAAUCUACAGUUAAUUUCUUGCCUCAUCUUCGGAGACGUGAACAGACGUAUACAAUGACGCAAUGAUGUAGCUCUCGCCAGCGCAAGCCCGUAGAAAAGAAAACAAGUUCUUAGAAGGUUCGCCAGUUGAGCCAAUUUCAAAUUGGCACUAGCACCAGCCCAGAGCUAGAACUAGGUUUGCCUUGGUGGAAAGGGGGUAUUUAUGAUGAGAAUUACAGAGUCAGGAGGCAACAUGACCUCCAAACUGCAGUUUUAUUACCUGGUUUGACUUUAGUUAGGAUUCAGUAGAGCUGCUUUGGCCAGCUGGGGCUAAACUUGGUCUGAUCCUGUUUAGUCUGAUCUGGUUUAGUGUGUUCUGGUAGGUAUUUGGUGUUGUGUGGUCUGGGUGUCUCACUUCUGGUCCAGACUCACAGCAGCUUUGCUUCCAUCAGUUGUUUCUAGGUAGAUGUUUGAGCUGUGAAUGAGAAAAGCUGAAUGAAAAAAUAAAUU